AUGGAAAAAUUGCUCUGCGGCAUCCUGGUGUUUGGAAUGGCAGUUGCGGUCAAUGCUUGUCCCAAAUACUGUGUGUGUCAGAACCUGUCAGAGUCGCUGGGGACUCUGUGUCCCUCCAAGGGCCUCCUUUUUGUACCAUUAGACAUAGACCGAAGGACUGUUGAACUCCGACUCGGGGGUAACUUCAUUAUUAACAUCAGCCGACAGGACUUUGCCAACAUGUCUGGCCUUGUUGACCUCACUUUGUCCAGGAAUACCAUCAGUUACAUUCAGCCCUACUCCUUUGCUGAUCUAGAAAGCCUUCGGUCUUUGCAUUUGGACAGCAAUAGGCUGCCCAACAUUGGAGAGGAUAUUUUGAGAGGCUUAAUUAACCUUCAGCACUUGAUAAUAAAUAACAACCAGCUGAGCAGCAUCUCGGACGAAGCCUUUGAGGAUUUUCUGGUGACAUUGGAAGACUUGGAUCUUUCCUACAAUAACCUCCAAGGCAUCCCCUGGGAAUCUAUAAGGAAGAUGGUAAACCUGCACCAGAUUAGCUUGGAUCAUAACCUGAUAGAUUAUAUUACAGAGGGGACGUUUGCAGAUCUUCAGAAAUUGGCCAGAUUGGAUCUAACCUCUAACAGACUUCAGAAGCUCCCCCCAGAUCCCAUAUUUGCCAGGUCCCAAACAUCUCCAUUAGAAGCAACUCCAUUUUCUCCACCUCUGUCUCUUAGCUUUGGAGGCAACCCGCUGCAUUGUAACUGUGAGCUGCUGUGGUUAAGGCGGCUUGACAGAGAUGAUGAUAUGGAAACUUGUGCUUCCCCUCCAAAUCUAAAGGGAAGAUACUUUUGGUAUGUACGGGAAGAGGAAUUUGUUUGUGAGCCACCUCUCAUUACCCAGCAUACUCACAAGUUGCUGGUUUUAGAAGGGCAAACUGCCACAUUAAAGUGUAAAGCCAUUGGGGACCCAUCCCCAGUCAUUCACUGGGUGGCUCCAGAUGACCGACUCAUUGGGAAUUCUUCGAGGACAGCAGUCUACGAUAAUGGUACUUUAGAUAUCGUUAUCACGACAUCCAAGGAUUAUGGAACUUUUACGUGCAUCGCAGCCAAUGCUGCUGGAGAAUCAACCGCGACCAUUGAGCUCUCGAUCGUGCAGCUUCCACACCUCAGCAACGGUACGGGCCGAACUGCCCCACCCAAAUCCAGGCUUUCUGACAUCACUAGCUCCAGCAAGUCCAAUAGAGGGGAAACGAAAGGUCCACCAGAAAGGACUGUCUUGGUGUCAGAGGUGACGACUACCUCAGCUUUGGUCAAGUGGACGGUGAGCAAGUCAGCCCCCAGGGUUAAAAUGUAUCAGCUGCAAUAUAACUGCUCGGAUGAUGAAGUUCUAAUUUACAGGAUGAUCCCUGCUACAAACAAAGCCUUUGUGGUAAACAACCUUGUAUCUGGAACGGGCUAUGACCUUUGUGUCUUGGCCAUGUGGGAUGACACUGCCACGACACUCACAGCCACCAACGUCGUGGGGUGUGCCCAGUUCUUCACCAAAGAGGACUAUCCUCAGUGCCAAUCCAUGCACAGCCAGUUUCUGGGUGGGACGAUGAUCUUAGUCAUUGGAGGCAUCAUUGUGGCGACUCUACUGGUGUUCAUCGUCAUACUCAUGGUCCGGUAUAAAGUUUGUAACAAUUCCCAGGGGAAGAUGGCCAAUGUCAGCAAUGUCUACUCACAGACUAAUGGAGCUCAACCUGUUCAAAACGGGGUCCUGCCCCAAGUCAACCCCAAAGUGGUGGUAAGAAAUGAACUCAUGGAGUUUAACUGCGAAUCUGUACAGAGCAGCAUCUCCUCCUCUUCUAGUUCAGUGAAUAGCCGCGACUGUGAUGAUUAUAGCCUCCAAAGUGAACAAGGCACAUUGUCCAGUAAGUGGAGGCCUCCUUCUAGGUCAAAACAUAACAUUGAUCGGCUAAUGGGAGCUUUUGCCUCCCUGGAACUGAAGUGUCAAAAAAAGGAGGACACGGUAGACUCCAGAACUUCCACAGUGGCCCGCCACUCGGACAAAGAGCCGCUUCUGGGCCAACAGGAGUCAAAAUUCCGUAGUCUCCUCAUGUUACCACUGGAGGGGAAAACUAAACGUAGCCAUUCUUUUGACAUGGGGGACUUUGCCACAUCUCAAUGCUGCACCUACCCCAAAAAGAUAACCCAUAUUUGGACAAAGCGCAGCCUCUCGGUGAAUGGCAUGCUCUUGCAGUAUGACGACAAUGACUUAGCAGGGGCAAAAGGGACUUAUGGGAGUUCAGAAUGGGUAAUGGAAAGCACAGUGUAAAUAAGAGCUUCUCCCCCCUCGCUUCUCCCUAAUUACAUCAAAUGUAAUAAAAUUUGGUUUUGUUGAAAAGCCAUGAAAAUGAAAAGGGGGGAGGGAAUAUGCUCAACCAUGUUGGAGAAAAGAAAAAAGAGAGAGAGAGAGAGAGAGGUAAAUAAAAAAAAUAAGAUAACAAAAGAGGAAAAAGGUAAUGAAAUGCUAAUAAGCACCUGUGGCCCCAUUAAUGUCCAGUCCCAACAAAAUGGAGUGUGAACAUUUCAAGGAAUUUACCAGUUGUAGUUAGCAUUGCUUUCCAAAAGUCUCCUGGCCUCCCGGUGACCCGACAAACAAGCUUAAACGAGGAUUAAAGUGGGUUUAGCAGCACAUAUUUAAUUCAAAGGGUUUGGGGGUUUUUCCUUCCCUUUUUGGUAACCUAUGAAGUACACUCUCGUGGAUAGAAGACUGAUGCAAGUAUGUCACUGGCUGUAAUUGUGCGUGUCAUCACAGAACUACACUAAGGGCAUCUGUGGGGACAGAACAGAUCGAUUUUUCAGCUUAAUCUCUUGGUGUUAUCAAAAACAUAUGGAAAUUUCUCCCCCGCCCCCCAUUGUUGAGCUGAGGGGGUUUUUGGUUGGGGUGGUUUUUUGCAGGAAAAAGGGAUUUCUUUUUUCCUUUUUGUUUUUAUUCUAUCAUCAAAUCCCUGUGAUGAAACCAAGGAUAUGUACAAAGAUUAAACUCUCGAUGUGUACUGUAUAACCCGCCUUCAACACCACCCUUUAUGUCCUGGGAAAAUGAAAUCUAGGGGGCUAAUAAAUUUU